AUGGCAAAGAAACUCGUCAUUAUCGGUGCAGGAUUCGCUGGCGUUUGGAGUGCGCUGUCUGCUAGACGACUAGCUACUCUCACAAAAAAUGAGAGUAGCCUUGAAAUCACCGUCAUCGCACCCGAACCAACCUUGGUCAUACGUCCACGUCUGUACGAAGCCAAUCCAUCUCAGAUGACUCACGCAUUGGGACCAAUUUUCAAAGCUGCGGCCAUGGAUUUUGUUUGUGGCACUGCAGAGAGCAUUGAUUCGGAGACAAACACUGUCCGUAUCCGCUCCGGCGAGGGUAUCGACUCAAUGAUUAGCUAUGAUCGCUUGAUCCUGGCAGCUGGAAGUUCAGUCAUGGUUCCUCGAGGUGUGGCUGGAAUAGACCAGCACGCAUUCAAUGUCGAUUCCUUGAGUUCAUCGGCGAAGCUCGAGAACCAUCUUCAGAAUCUCGCAUCCCUUCCCGAAAGCCCAUCUCGCAAUACUAUCGUGAUAUGUGGCGCCGGAUUCACGGGAAUUGAAGUGACCACCGAAUUACCCAAACGCCUUUCUCAUAUCCUCAACGCGCGACUGGUAUUGGUUGAUAGUACGGAUCAGGUCGGUCCUGAGCUCGGACCUGGCCCUCGCCCUGUCAUAUUGAAGGCCUUGAACGAUCUUGGAGUCGAGCUCAAACUUGGAUCUCCCGUGACAGAAAUCAGCACUGAUGCAGUGAUCCUUGCAUCUGGGGAACGGAUCGAGACAAAUACGGCAAUUUGGACGGUUGGGGUUCGAGCCACACCAUUGACGCAACAAAUUCCUAGUGAAAGAGAUUCAUUCAACCGCCUUCGUGUCAACAAGCAUCUGCGUGUUCCGGCUGUCGAGUCUAUAUUUGCAACUGGCGAUGCUGCAUAUGCCCUCGCUGAUACCAAGGGCCACUACGCACUGAUGUCCUGUCAGCAUGCUCUUCAACUUGGACGUGUCUCGGGACACAAUGCCGCUGCAGACCUUCUCGGUGAACCGCUGGUGGAGUAUGUACAGGCUGCAUACAAUUUCUGUCUUGAUCUUGGUGCAUGCGGUGCUGUUAUUGCUGGUGGGUGGGAAAAAGAGAUCAAGUUGACCGGUGAUAUGGCAAAGAAAGUCAAGUGCUAUAUCAAUCAGAAGCUGAUCUAUCCCCCUGGUGAUAUCCAAGAAGCUUUAGAACUGGCUAGCCCAGUUGGGCCUGAUUCAGAUGAGCUGUUUAGCCAGAUGAUUAAUGCGAUAUCGAAGCCCUGA